AUGGAUUCGCGAGUUACUGCUAGGAAUCGAGAGCAAUUUCGAUCGGAGCAGGUAGGAGUCAUCGCAUCGACAACGGCACCGACGUCGACGACUCCUACCUGCUCCGUUGUAGUCUUUGGGACGGAGACGACAAGAUAAGGCUGCUCACGCUCGGGAGAGCUUCGAAGCAGUGAUCCGCCCGUCCCGGUCUGCUUUAAGAUCCGCGCUUAAUCAGAUCAGCGAAUACUGUCCACCGCCUUCUUUCUCUCUCUCUCUCUCUCUCUCCGAACCGCCGCCCGCGCCGAGCCUGCAUAAACAUUUCCGUACGAAGCAGCGGAUGGGAGUGGCGAUUUGGAGCUGCGGCGGUGCCGCUGUAUUCGCCUCCGCACUCCUCCCAGGAAGGCGUUCCCACGGAUCGCGUCUCGCUCCCACCGAGCUCCCCUUCGCCUCUGCUUCCUCCUGCCCAUUACCUUUCCUCAGCGGUCCCGCGAUCCCCUUCUCUCCGGCGCCGAUGCCGUCUUCCCGUGCUCAGCUGCGCCUGCUCCGCCUCCGCGUCCAGGCAUCCGCCGGAGUGGUGCUGCAGGACGCCGCCGCCACGACGUUCUGCUUCGCCGGUGCCUACUCCCUCGUCCUCGUCUUCGAUACUCUCGCGGAGCGCAACAUCAUCCAAAAGCAGAGCUUGAGCAGAAAAGCUGUGCAUGUACUGUCUGGGCUCCUAUACUUGGCCACUUGGCCAUUUUUCAGGUCUGUGAUUGCGUUAACCCAAUCAAUUUGCAGCUCUUCGAUGGUGGCACGAUAUUUUGCAGCAGUUGUUCCUCUCUUGAACUGUAUUAGGCUUUUAUGUUAUGGCCUUCGUCUUCUUACCGACGAAGGUGUAGUCAAGUCUGUUGCAAGAGAAGGAAGACCGGAGGAAUUGCUGCGAGGUCCUCUGUACUAUGUCAUCGUAUUAUUGCUCGGUACUCUGGUCUUUUGGCGUGAGUCUCCUGUUGGAGUUGUGUCGUUGACGAUGAUGAGCGGUGGCGAUGGAUUUGCCGAUGUCGUGGGUAGAAGAUAUGGGGUGACCAAACUUCCCUACAAUCAACAGAAGAGCUGGGUCGGGAGCAUCUCCAUGUUUGUCUUCGGUUUGCUCUUCUCGGUCGGGAUGCUCUACUACUUCUCGGUUUUCGGAUAUGUGCAUUUCGAUCCGGAGCAGACCAUCACAAGAGUAGCAUUGAUAUCUUUGGCAGCCACGGUGGUGGAGUCUCUUCCUAUCAGCGAUGUUGUAGAUGACAACAUAUCCGUUCCUUUGACGAGCAUGCUGACAUCUGUUCUACUUUUUGGUUAAUAAAACUAGGAUGAUUAGGAAUGUGGUAUACGAAUAGGAUUCGGAUUAACAUUUUUUUGUGCAUUUCUUUUUCUGGAUCGAUGCUUCCAUCUUCUGCAUGCAAUUGGGGGAAUUUACGUCAACAUGUGGCUCCCUCCCUCCACCUGGUUUUUGCUUCUUCUGGGUUAGAUAUUGAUGCUGAGAUCUCAACUGUGUGCUUACCGGAAAACACUACCGAGUUCCAAGUUUCUCAUUCCUAGUUUCAUUUACUAGCAUCUUCGAUAUGGUACACAUGAUUGAUAUAUUUAAAGAUGAUAAUAAGAACCUUUCGGUUCAUCCUUGUACUGUU